CGCGGGGACGGAGCGUUCAUUCAUAAAGAACGGCCGCUGCGCAUCAAUGGGGCGACCCCGUGGGAAUCACGUCGGUGUCACCCCCGCGUCACCCCCGCGGUGGGGACAGUGAUGCGCCGGGGCUGGGCAGUGCUGUGCAGGGGAGGAUGCCGAUCAUUUUGCUCCAGAGCAGGAAAUAUCCGUGCUGAAGGUGGCCCCAGUGGCUGCAGAGCUUGGGGAUGUGCUGGUGGCUCCUUGCUGUCCUGGUGGUGCUGAGCAGCCCCUGCAUGGGGACCACAGCCUGCGAGCUGCUGCGAUGCCCACCUGGAGAGGAACCCAUUGGGACGUGCAGCACAGCACAGAGCUGCCGCCCCUGUCCCCCUGGCUCUUCCUCUGCAGGGGACGCACCGUGUGCCUGCGUGCACGGGUUUUACAGCCCUGAUGGCCAUAGGGAGCCCCAAGGCCGGUGCCUGCCCUGCUCUGCUGCGCCCCAUGGCACCCCAGGCUGCACAGGCCAACGGCGAGCCCGGAGUGUGGUGACACCUCGAGGACCAUCAGGGACCAAUGAGACAUGGGAGGUUCAACCAGAGGAGGCGGCGGCGGCGCAGUCGGCCGUGUUGGCCAUCGUCCCCGUGUUCUGUGCCAUGGGGUUGCUGGGCAUCCUGGUGUGCAACCUGCUGAAGAAGAAGGGCUACCACUGCACCGCACACAAAGAACACGAGCACAACACCAGCGGUCCCAGCUCCAUCUACCAGAUUGAGGAUGCCAAUGAGGACACCAUCGGGGUCCUGGUGCGCCUCAUCACAGAGAAGAAAGAAAAUGCUGCAGCACUGGAGGAGCUGCUGAAGGAGCAUCAGAGCAUGCAGCCAGCAGCAGUGGGCUGCAAACCUGCCUACAAGCUGCAUCUCCUGCCUCAGUUUCCCCCCUCCUGCUGCCAUCAGCAGCACCUGCACACAGUGCACGGCCCGGCUCCCCCUUCGGACCCCCCUUGCACCCGAUGCAGCCAGAGGAAGUGGCCCCAAGUGCUGCCAUCCCCCACAGCCACCAAAGCCACCAGACCCGCCGGUGAGAUCACCAUUCUCUCCAUUGGAAGAUUUCGGGUGUCCCGGAUCCCCGAGCAGAAGCCUGGUGUUGGAGGUGAUCCUCUCCCCACCAACACGAAGCCAUCGUGGCUGAAAAGCACUGACAGCCGCCCUGAGGGCAGCCCCUCCGCAGCCCGGUUUGGGGACAGCACUCUUGCCAUGUGACACCCCCAGAUCCUCCUCGGGGCCAGCCCUGAUGCAAGAUGUCACUUGACCCAGAGGUGGCCAUGUGGGGACAGUGACACCCAAAGGAUCCUGUGGGGCUGAGCAAAGCAGCAGGACAGCAGUGGUGGCCUUAGACGCAUGCGUGGGACCACGUGGGAGCUGAUCCCACAUUGUGCCCAUGGCUCUGCUGACCCCGUGGAGAGCAGCACCCAGCUCUGUGCCUCAUGGUGCUGAGGUUGGGGACAAAGACAGUGCUUGAUGGACACCUUCUUCAUCUGCUGGGCUGCAGGGAUGGAGAUUAAAUGAUUGGGGAGCAUCA